UGACCUGAAGGGCUGAGCCAAGCCUGUACCGAUGAGCCCAUUUUUUUGGGCCCAGAGAGAAUAUUCUUCUGGAGAGUCCAAGAAUGGGAAAGGAAAAUAGAAACAAAGCGUCAGAGACAAAGGAAAAUAUUAGAAAAAGAAUGGCAAAUUUGAUGGUAAGUGUUUCACUGUCGUCUCCUCUUCAACUUCAGCCAAAGCUUGGAUCAUUUCAAAGGCUACAGCUCUUUAACAAUAACGGUUACUCGAGAUUUGCGGUGGUUGGCAAUCGUCAGCUUCAUUUGAAAGGGGUGACUGUAGCUGGGGUAGUAUCUCCUGAUUCGAAAGCUCCCACGAUUGUUACAAACACUGUUGAUUCUGCCAAUGGAGGAAUUGAAGUCGAAGUAGACACAGGAAACGGCGGAGGAGACAAGUUUGACGACAGAAGCGGCGGAGGAGGCGGUGGCGGUGGGGAUAAUAGCGGCGGAGGCGAUAGUGGAAAAAAAGGAGAAGGGGAGUUUUCGGACAACGGGGGUAAAAAAAACAUGGCUUUGUCCAUGUCCCAGAAGUUGACCAUUGGAUAUGCUGCUCUUGUUGGAGUGGGUGGUGUUAUGGGCUACAUGAAGAGUGGCAGCCAGAAGUCGCUUCUAGCAGGAGGAUUGUCAGCCGCACUGCUUUAUUAUGUUUAUACUGAGCUCCCUACAAGACCAGUUUUUGCCUCAUCCCUUGGGCUUGGUGUAUCUGCUGUGCUUUUGGUAGUGAUGGGUUCUCGUUUCAAGAGGUCAAGAAAAAUCUUCCCAGCCGGUGUUGUAUCACUUAUGUCACUUGUGAUGACAGGGGGCUACCUACAUGGCAUCAUGCGGAGUCUGCACUAGUGUGAGGCAGUUCCUGUGACAGGAAAAAAGUUGAAUGUUAAUGGGACGUGGACAUGGUGUUGUAUAUAGUGUUUUGCGAUGUCUAACUUUGAAGUUAUGAACUUCGUUAGACCAUCGUGCACGUACACCAGGUUACUUUCAUAUUUAUGCUUUUUCCUCUAAAUUUUCCCUCGUUUAGCUUGAUAAACCCCACUCCAAUAAGUUUUCAAAUAGCUUUUGGCAGUUUUAUUGUUUAUAUGAUGUUAAGGGAGGCAAUGGCUGAUAAAGGUAUGCCCAAUCAAUGUAAAAAAUUAGUAUUGUCUGUGCAUUGUGAAUAUUCCAAGAAUGCUUCAUUGAUCGGAGCCUUGAAUCUUCGAUUAUAAGAUACAACCUUGAUAAAAAUCAAUAUUUUAAGAAGCAUCAAUGAUAUCUAAUGCUUGUCUGAAA